CACACACUUUAAAUAUCCUUUAUGCUUUACGUACACUCAGUCCAACUCUUAUUUCACUCAAUGACACCAUCAUGGGAUGCUCUGGGCUGUUGAUUUUGGGUCUUGUCCUGAAUGUUGCUCACUCCUUGGAAACUCAGGAUACGAGUAAAGGACCGAUUGAGCUCAGACGCAACGUCACAGGAUACCUUGGAAAGGACGUGUACCUGAGCUGUAGAUAUGUGGGUGAGAGCGAGAUCUUCAGCGCCAAGUGGAAACGCCAGAUUAACUCUAAAGUUAAAUCUAAUUCAGCCCAAUACAGGCGAAUAGCAGGGGCUAUAAAUAAUAAUCUGUUUGGUCGUGAUGGCUUCUCAAAACCAGAAUCUGCCACCAACCUCACAGUUAAAGUCAAUGUGUCCAGUGUGGAAGUAGAGGGAGAAUACACCUGUGAGUUUGAUACAGAGGAUGAAAAUUUCUCUGAAACAGUAUUCCUCACUGUAGAAGCUCAGCCUGAUAUCGAGGUCCAGGUCAAUGCAGAGAUCAUAAACGGCUCUCACUACCAGUCGGUGUCGUGCUCGGCUGUCGGUGGCAGGCCUCUGCCUCAGAUCAGCUGGCUGGUUGACGGCCAACCUCCUUCAGAUGACUCUUACACCGUGAACGUGUCUGAUACUGCUCACUCAAACGGCACCUCCACCCUGAGCAGCAUCCUCCGCUUCCCCACCCACGUACAGGACGAAGACAGCGUGACCUGUGUGGUCCAACACCCGACCCUCCCAAACCCCAAACUCACCGCAGUGAGGGUGGAAACCUACACGAGGCCAAAUGUGACCAUUAAAGCAGAGAUGACACAACAAGGAGGAAGUGAGUUCUGGGUGGUCUCUUGUAUUUCAUCUGGAGGGAGACCUGACACUGACAUCUCCUUGGCUUUGGACACUGAUGAAGAGCUGAACAGUGUGACAAGCACAGACUCAGUGUCGGCCCACCUCCCUGUAGAAGAGUAUGAGGGGCACAAUGUCACCUGUGUGUUUGACCACCCCAAGUUUACACAAAAAGAAACACGAGUCAUAACCCUGCCGUCUUUGCAUUUGUCCGUUCAGUUGGGAAACGACACUGAUGAAAACUUCCAAGACAUCGAAUCUUUAGCGCUGCAGGAAGGACAGACUGACACUGUUAUCAGCCUGCAGAUCACUGGAAAUGUGCCACGCUACAACAUUACCUGCACAAAAGAUGAUGAGCUCUUGCCUGAAGGCAUGGAGCUGGUUGGCAGCAGCCUCACAGUUCAGGGCCCUCUGGGGCAUCAGCAUGCUGGCCUGUAUGAAUGUUUCCUCUCGUACCAUCAUCUCCAAGCAGAGCUGAAGUUUAAUGUCACAGUUAAUCCUCCUGUUAUACAGCCCGUUCCUCCCACAAUACGAGUUGAUUUGCAGACUGAAGAUGGACGCAGUGUGAUUGAGUGCUCAGCAGCUGAUGCUGUUCCUGCAGCCAACAUGUCCUGGCUUCUACCGGAGGGUGUGUCUGGAGUCUCUUGGUUCAAUUUCACUUCUCAUAAUGGAAGCCACUCUGUCGGGGGAGUUUUACUCCUCCCUGCCUGCUCGCCUUGGGAGCUCACUGCAGAGUGUGUGAUAAAUCACCCUGCGUUUGAAAAGCCAGAGAACAGAAGUAUAACACUCCCUCUUUGCGGUAUGUUGAACAGAUCAGACGCUCCCCCAAACAUCACCGUCAACCGCUCAACUGAGUGGAAAGACGGAGAGGAGUACACAAAGGUGGAGUGCUCUGUGGACAGUGUGGCCACUGCAGCAUCCGUAACCUGGCAUGUCGGAAACAGCAGCAUCAGUUGUGUGUCAGAGUCUGAAGUCCAGGCUGAUGGUCUGGUGUCGACUCAUAGUUCUGCACACUUCUUGUCUUCUUUGUAUGCUGGUCAGGAUUUGACCUGCACAGUGGAGCAUCCAAGCCUGGAGGCAGCAGAAAAACGAACAAUACACAUUCCUGUGCAGAAAGCCCAUAUCCUGAGCGUUUCUGUGGUAAGACAGCAGGACUCGCCCCUCUGGUUGGCAGUGUGUGACUGCCGAGGGGAGGGUGCCGGGACAAACCUCGCCUGGGUUCUUCCCGAAAAUGCCAAAAGCCAAACAUCCCUGCAGCCAAACUACAAAGGCGAAAUCCAAGCCAGGCUGACUUAUCAGUUUCCUCUGGGCCUCCAUGAGGGACAUAACCUGACCUGUGUGUAUCAGUCCAAACAUGGAACCACAGAGGAGAAAACCAUUCAUAUCCCCAGAUACUACAUCACAUCUGUCAAAGUCCUGAACCACACGACUCCUCUGCAAAGCCGCUACGGUGGUGAACCCGUCAUACACAGACUUGCUCUCCAGGAACAUCAUCAGAAGCAGAAAGUGCUGCUCCGAGUCGAAGGCAAAGUGCCAGAGUACGACCUCAUCUGUAAAAGGAGCGAUGGCUCGUUUGUCCGAAUGGAAGGGGAUGCAAUGGUCUUCCAGCCCGAGAUCACAGAGAAGGACGAAGGCCUGUACACCUGCCAGGCGUCCUUCUAUCACCACACAGCCACGGUCAACAUUCAAGUGGAGGUCAUGAGCGAGGACAAACUGUAUGCAAUGAUGGCUAUGAUCUGCUUCUCUUCCGGCAUGGGAAUCCUGAUCAUCUUCGUCGUCGCUCUCUGGGUGUGCUGCAAAUUGAACAGCAGGGCAGCAUAUAAGAAGCAGGAGUCUCUCUCUCCGCUGACAGCUCUGAUGCAGGAGCCUGGCUCUCCUCAGGUGAAGCAGCCACUCAUGACGAGAGAAGGCGACAAGGAGUUGGCUCAGCUGAUCAGUUACUCCAUCGUUAUUGACGUCAAGAGUACAGUGUGAAGACAAAAAAAAGAUGCUUUGCAGAGUUCACGUUCAGCUUUAACGCACAAAUAUAUGAAGGCUUACUGGAGCUGCAGCAUUGUUUGAGAUUGUUGUGUAUUUUUGAGCUCAGCAUUAGACGUGGUGUUUCUUUUUUGAUUUGCAUUAAUGAUUUCUAAACACUUUUUCCUCUUACUUGAAGUUUGUACUGUAUGCACAUUGUAUUUUCUGGAACUUUUCAAUAAAAUCAUCAAUAUAA